CCAAACACAAAACUUUCUAAUUGUCUUUUAAGUGUAAUUAGCAAGUUAAUUAUGGCUUCGAUUUGUUCUAGCAUGAGUAGAAAUUUGAUUGUUGGUUUUUCUCUUUUGGUUCUUGUGUUAAUGGGAAGUGCUAAUGCUUCUCUUUCGAAAGAUUAUUACUAUAGUUCAUGUCCAAAACUCUUCGAAACUGUGAAGUGUGCGGUUGAGUCCGCCAUAUCAAAAGAGACUCGCAUGGGUGCUUCGCUUCUGCGUUUGUUCUUCCACGAUUGCUUUGUUAAUGGGUGUGAUGGUUCGAUUUUGCUCGAUGACACAUCGAGCAUUACUGGAGAGAAAAAUGCAAAUGCAAACAAAAAUUCAGCGCGUGGAUUCGAAGUGAUAGAUCAAAUUAAGUUAGCAGUCGAGAAAGUAUGCCCGGGUAUAGUUUCUUGUGCUGAUAUCCUUGCUGUCACCGCUAGAGACUCCGUUGAGAUCCUUGGAGGUCCAAGUUGGGAUGUGAAACUUGGAAGAAGAGACGCAAGAACGGCUAGUCAAUCGGCUGCAAACAAUGGCAUCCCGGCACCAACCUCAAGCCUCAAUCAACUCAUCUCAAGAUAUAAUGCUCUUGGCCUUUCCGCAAAGGAUUUGGUCGCAUUGUCUGGUGGUCACACAAUUGGACAAGCGAGAUGCACUACAUUUAGGGGCCACAUUUACAACGACACCGACAUAGACACUUCCUUUGCUCGCGCAAGGCAAUCCGGCUGCCCUAAGACAUCCGGGUCGGGAGACAAUAACUUGGCGCCCCUCGAUCUCGCGACACCAACUUCCUUCGACAAUCAUUACUUCAAGAAUCUUGUUGAUAUUAAGGGACUACUCCACUCUGACCAAGAACUCUUCAAUGGUGGAUCCACUGAUUCCAUAGUGCAUGAAUAUAGCACGAAUUCAAACUCUUUUUUCUCUGAUUUCGUCGACGCCAUGAUCAAGAUGGGAGACAUUAGUCCCCUAACUGGUUCAAAUGGUGAGAUAAGGAAGAAUUGCAGGAGUGUGAAUUAAUCAAGUUAAACAAUGCUGUAUUAAAUAUAUGUAUCUUUUCAUUAAUGUUUAAGGUUGGAUGCAGCAUAUUGUAUUUUGAUUAAGUUUUGUUUGUCUUUUUAUUUUGUUGAUUCUGUGUUGUCUGGUAAUUAUAUAAUUUCAUAUUGUAUUUUAAUUAAGUUUUGUAUGUCUUUUUAUUUAAUUAAUCAAGGUUUAUUUCAUGU